AUGUAAAAUAAAAUACCACAGGGCUCUUAAAAAGCCUCGCACGUUUCUGUCCGCGCUAUGCUGUGAAAUAUGGCAUGGACUAUAGAUUCGUAUACGUGCAGGAAUAAAUGGUUCGUGCGUCUGUGUGCGUGCCACACGAUAGGACGACGGGCGCGAUAGGUAGCGGUAAGAAAGGAGAGAGAAGAAGAGAGACAGACAGAAAGUGAGAAGGAGAGAGAGCGCGGUACCGUUAGUGAGCAUGCGCCUACAGCCACCAUAGCUCCGCCUUUCUCGGCGCGAACGAUGCCUUUGGGAUUUGUCCCCGGUCGAACCAAUCAGCUGGCCACGCUGAACGUCGAGCGGUGCGCGGCGGGGAGGGGGCCGCGCGGGAUGGGGAUGGCUGUGUCAGGGACGCGCGGGCGUUUCGGAGGUAGUCGUGUUAUACCGUGUGGAACAGGGAGACAGCUAGCAGCAGCGGCAGCAAGCAACGGUAGUGGUAGUAUCAUCGAUAGCGGCGACGACGGCGGAUAACUAUUAUCGCCCAAGCUCUUACGGGGCUCUCAUAGCUGCACCAGCAAAUUUUCGCGGGGUGCCGUUGGGGAAAAAAAAAAAACGACGACGCGCGAGAAGUGAAAACACACGAAGCAAACGACACACCGUUUGGCAUCGUGCGCCGCGAGAGACAAGCGUGGUGGUAGUGGUCGGUAGUUUGUGUUGGUGGUAGUGCGAGUCGGGAUACACGUACACACGCGCGAUCAGCCGAAGCGUGCACAUAGGUGUGACUGCGCAGUCGCCAUGUGAGUACCUGAUGAAGAUAUGACUCUCGAUGGAAUGAUUGAAACUGAUGUGAACGUGAAUGUAAAAUGGCAAGGAGAAAAAGGACUAUGCGCAGUUGAACAUUGGUCGGCGAGAGCUACUCAUUUUCUUCUGUGAGAACAUCUGCAUCUCUGUUUUUCACAAAAAGGGUAUAACAAGGAAACAUGACCGAUGUUAAACCGAUUGGAAUUUCGACAUCGCAAUCGCAACAGCAAUCACAACCCCAGCAGCCACAACAACAAGCGCAACAGCAACAAAUGAUGAUUGCCACUCAUGACUUACAACAGCAGCAGCAACAGCAGAAUGUUCAGCAGUCGCAGCAACAGCAUGUGCAACAGCCGCAGCAGCCUCAACAGGUCCAGCAACAAGCCCAAGUGCAGCAGCAACAAGUUCAACCACAGCAACAGAUGCAACAAGUCCAGGCGCAACAACAAAUACAAGUUCAACAGCAAGUGCAACAACAAGUCCAGCAGCCACAGCAGCAGCAGCAACAACAGCAAUCGCAGCAGUCACAACAGCAACAGAAUAAUGGACCUCACAAUGUUGUCCCCACUCAGGUUCAAGUGCAGCCGCAAGUAGCUGCAAGCAUGCCACAACAAUUGCAGGGAGUCAAUGUUGCGGUGUCAAUGCAGCAUCAACAACAAGGAGGUGGUGCGUCUAUGACAUUAUCUGGUCAACAAGGCGCAACCACCAUAACUACAAUGGCUGCACAUCCACAAGCGGUUCAAGUUAUUCAACAACCGAUUCAGAGUCAGGCUUAUCAUUUACAACAAUUGUAUAAUACUCAAGGUACACCUUUAUUGAUGCCAGGAAAUCUUGCGCUCCAUCCAGCAGGCAUAAAUCCUUCUUCAAUUCAGGUAAUAACAGCUGGAAAGCCAUUUCAAUCUGCAGCUCAACUAACUCCUCACAUGUUAGCUACGACAUCGACACCUGGACAAGGAGCUGGCCAUCCAGGUGCCGGUGGCACCAAAGUCCCAGGAUUUCCCGCUGGUUAUUUACCAGUACCCACAUCCGCCAAUCCCGGUGCUGGGCAGACACUAGUAUUCGGUCAGCUCGGUGUAUUAGGUUCUCCACAACCACCACCUUCACUACAACAACAACAACAACAGCAAUCUACGAACAAGCAAGACCAAGUACAAAAAUAUACAGCAUGUACGACCGGGACACCUUCAGGUGGGAGAACUGGUGGCAUGCAGUUUGCACCCUGGCAAUUCGCGCCUCAAGUAUGGACCACCGGAUUACAACAACCGACCUUACUUACUGCUGCGCCUAACCAAAUAUUCAUUCGCGGUCCCACGCAAACUGAUAUGUUUAUACAAAGCCCACAGCCGAUACAAGCGCACAAUGCUCUCGCGACACAGCAACAAAUACAAGGUGUGCAACAGAUAACGGCGACCGGUGGAAAGCCUGCUAAAGUGAUGGAUAUCCAACAGCAACAGUCCCAACAGAGUAAACAGAACACGUCCAUACAGCGGCCAUUGAAUAUCCUCCCGUCUUCCUUAGCAGUACAAACUGCCAAUGUUCGAGCUAGUUCUGUCUCCACUCAGACGGUUUAUGGAGUACAAACUACAAUACAGGGUAAGGGUGGCAGUGGUAGUGGAAAAGGUCGUGGCAAGCCAAUACAAUCCCCACAACAACAACAACAGCAGCAGCAACAACAGCAAACCCAACCAGCAAUACAGCAACAAGUCUUUAUACAACAGAAACAGCAUACGCAGCAACCACAACAGCAGCAACAGCAACAGCUACCACAACAGUAUCAACAAGUGCAAUCUUCUCAAAUACAGACUAAGCCUAUUAUGACGAAUAUGACGUUGCAACAACCACCACCUGGCGUUGUACUCGGAGCCGAUCGUUCUAUUAUGCCAGUAGUUUCGGUGGGUGGAGUUGGAGUCGGAGUUGGGAUAGCUGCUACAUCACAAAUGAAUCCAAUAUCGCAACCUCCGAUGUCGACUAUGCAGCAACUUCCCUUACCAGCUAUCAAUCCAACGAUUAUUGGUAAUCAAAUAAUGAGCGGUGCAUCGCAGGUUCAAGCGAUGCCAAUCGUGAAUGCGACGCAGGAUCAACCGCACGAUAACACCAAUUCAACGAUAAUGAUUACGUCGCCGGAUCGUAAUCCGCAAACUGAAUGCUCUUUGAUACUGCCAUCUACUACGAAUCCUCCGUUAAUGACCGAUGAUAGCGUAAAACUAGAGGCGAAGAAGGAAGAUGCACCUGUCACUACGGAAGAGAUUACGCCAGUAUCUCAGGAAAUAACGGAUGGAGACCAGAGUAAGACAGUGAUGAAAGAAGAAACGAUUGCUCCAAAAGUGGAUGAGAAACAGUGCAAUAACCCAUUAGCAGGACUUGCCAAUGCAGUAAAUGCGAUUACGAAUGGUGUGGUCGGCGAGGAGUCACAGACUAUACCGAUCUCCGCGACAGUCAUAGUGAAUAAUAAACAGGCACCACCUAAAGCCAUGGUGAAACCGCAGGUCCUUACGCAUGUGAUAGAAGGAUUUGUGAUACAGGAAGCGUCAGAACCAUUCGCGGUGAGUCAAGAAGCUACUAAUAUUCUUAAUCGGAACACCGUCAUGGAAAAAGAAACAACCGAGGAACCUCCAAAAAAGAAACAUUGUUCUAACUAUUCGAAUGAAGAAGAUAGAACCAAUGGCCAAGUCAAUAAAUGUGAAGGCUGCGGUAACACGAUUGACGAACAGAACGUCAAGUUGAAGAAAGAAAAACGAUUCUGUUCAUCAGUAUGUGCAAAAAGUAAAAAACGUGAAAUGCGAGAGCGCGAGGCUACGGAGAAACAGUGGACUGAAAUAGAGACUGAAACUAUCGAUAAUGACGCAACGAAGAAAAAUGGCGAGGAGAGAUCGUUGUCUACGACUACCACAUCCUCUACUGAUGAAUCACUGCCAAAAGUGAAUCCAGUCAAAUGGACGGUGGGCGAAGUAUGCGAUUUCAUACGAGGUCUACCAGGAUGCGCCGAUUAUGCAGAGGACUUUGCGAUCCAAGAAAUUGAUGGACAAGCUCUUAUGCUGCUGAAGGAAGACCAUCUUAUGUCGGCGAUGAGUAUCAAGUUGGGCCCGGCAUUGAAGAUUGUUGCUAAGAUCGAUUCAAUGCGCGUAGAGUCGAACCCUUCGACGAAUAAUUCAUAACCAUCAAUCUAUCAGUAGUGGAUUCCUCCCAAAAAAGUUCAGAACAUUUCUAGCCUAUGAGCUACAGGGUUUGUGCAAGCAUUUGAUCAAGUGUAAAUGUAAUAGAAUUAAGUAUAUAAUUGCAACUGUAUGUAUCCGGGCGUACAUGUAAAAUGACAUGUAAACAUUAUACUGGUAUGGGCGAUUCCUAACUGAUAUAUUUUACCAGAUUUGAUAACGGUUGCAAUUCUUGAUUUAUUUUCGGAAUAAACUGUACAAUUGUAUUGCAUAUAUAAUUUACUUUUUAAUUUUACUUUUAGUUUUUAAGUAAAUUGCUAGAAAGAGACAAAGUAACACUUGUUCAUUUUUUAUUUUGAAUAUAUACACGAAAGUAAAAAUAAAUUACGUAAACUAUUAAUUGGUAUUUUAUGAUGAGAAAUGAGGAUACUUGUAUACUAGGCGCGUGGAAGAUACUCAUGAAUAAGAUUCUGAAGGACACAUUUUCGUUGAAUAAAAUCUUUCUUGAAAAAAUUUCCUUAAAAAUCAUUAUUCAAAAGUAUCAUCCAUACGUUAUUAUAAUUUCAUUUUAUUACAAUUAAUAUAUUUAAUCGGUUUGAUAAUGAUUUAAAAUACAUUUAAAGAUAUUGUUGUAUCCUUCUUUUUAGGAUUAUGUUAUUGAGUAUACGUUUAUUUUACGCACAAAAAAUGAUUCGGGUGGAAACAUACUCUCGAGAUAGUAAUACUACAUUAAAGCCCGUUUACAAUGUAGAUUAACUGUAAUCUCGAUUUAACUUUAUUUUUUUCUAGUUCCAAGAAUUAAAAAGAUUCAUCUUGAUUUCUCUUUUCAAAAUAAGUUAAAUCGAGAUUAAAGUUAAUCCUGGGGAGUGCUACUCGCACAUUUUUCUUUUACAUUAAUGCCAUUUUCCAAUUAUGGUGCAAUGAGUUAUGCGUUUGCUUUCUGUGCCGGAGACCCAAUCAAAUUUAAUCAAUUAGAAACAUGAUUUUUUUUUACUAUUUUUGAGACAAUAACAAAUCACUGAGAGUAUCUUGCCAGUAGGCCUAUUCUGUAACUCGUUAAGAGGUAUCGGUUUCGUUAUAUUGUCGUUGCGCAGCUUUUUUAUCAUAUAAAAUAUCUGCGUAACAACUGUAUAACGAUACCGAUACCUCUUAACGAGUUACAGAAUCGCACUGCAGGAAUACCCCUUCAAUUAAAUCGUUUGGAAACAUAUGUUAAAACUGUAAGUUCAUAUGUCCCGUUUUGUAAAAACAUCACAGAAAUAUUAAGAGAUUACCAUUUUGAUAAGAACCUAUAAUCUGAAGAAGAAAAAGAAUACUCUAAGUAAAAAUUCACCCACAGAAUUAAGAAUUUUUGAUUACUUUUUUUAUAAAUUUCGAGGUGUUACAGAAUAACUAAAAACAUUAUUUUAAUAUAAACAAAAUCUUAUUAAAUGUUUAUUAAUGUUAUUUAUUAAUUUAUUAACAUUAAUUAAAUGUUAAUGUUAUUUUAACCUAGCGAAAUUUUAGUAACAUAAAUUUUACUAAACUUAAAUUAAUAGUUGAUUGAAAAUUCAUCCACAGUAGCACUUCAAGUUUAAUCUAUAUUAUAAACGGGCCUAAACACAUUGGAUUUGUUUAGUUUUAACGUAUUUCGGAUAUCGAUAUUGAUUGAUGUUCAAAGACAUGUAUAUAUAAAAUGUCAUGUAAUGAUAAUGUAACAACAGAAUCAUGCGCUCAUUGAAUGAUUUUAUUAAUCCUAACAAUGUUUGUGUGAUCAGGAAGUUUGUGAAAAGAUUUUAUUCGACUUAUACACGAUUUCUAUACGAGUGCUUUCUCAAAGUACACUAUUUUGUAAAACUGGAACUGUCAAAGAAUAGAGUACAAGUUGUGUCCAUUAUUAUGCAAGAACGUAUAUUGUAAAUAUAAAACGUGGAUACAUCACGCUGUAUUUUGUACUCAAGAGUAAAUAUUACCAAUCAACAUACAAAAUGCAUUGCCUUCUAUACAACUCAUAGAUAAUAGCUUUGCAGUUACUGCUUCGUUAAAAAUGUUCUUUUCUUAUGCCAGGGUGAUAAUUUUUUAUUGCUCUUACAUUUGCUGCUUUCCAUUUAUCUGAAAGUGAGACUGAGUCACUCAGUAAUGUGAGUAUUUUACACUCGGAUAGUGACGUCAUUACUCAGUGAUUUAAAGAAACAUGCAAGUGAUCACGCUUAUUUUAAUGACAAAAUUAUCUCAAUAUAUAACCUUACUUCUAAAGUGAGUAUGCGAGACUCAGUAAAGCACACGAUCUUGAAAUUGCUCAGAUUGUAGAAAAACUCAGUUGAAUCUCACUUGUGAGAAUGCAAAAGGAACGUGUAUUUAACUGAGUUAUGACGUCACAAGUGAGAAUUACCUGAGUUUUGAUGUAAAUGGAAAGCAGCAAUAAAUAUUGGGGGAAGAAAGAAACUGCCUACUUGUCAUUUCAUAUUUUCGUAAAUAUAAGACGUGUAUUUGGUCAAUACGAAUUGUAAAUAAUAGAUGUAAAACAUUUAUUUAUUGUACAAAUUUGAUGGUAUGAAAUUUUAGUUGCUGAGAAUUAUCUUUCCGUUAUCACUACUAAUUUCGUUAGUCUAAUAGAAAAAAAGAUUAUCCUAUUUUAUAAGAGAAGUUAUUUCUGUCAUUAGUAUAAUAUUACAAGGAAUAUAAUAUUACAAGGAAGGAAAAUUAUUAUUUUUAGUAUUAAAUCUUUUCAAUAAAAUAAAAACUAAUAUGUAAUUUUUAGUAUGUUGACAUAUAUGUAGGGGCACAUUCUUAAAAUGUAUUCAGUAUAAAUCAAUUGUCAAUUCUAAGGAUAACCAAGCAAAGAUUGCUACUACUUUUAUAUACUUUUUUUGCCGUAAGAUUAAUUUAAUAUGUAUUUCGACAGCGUGCAAAGCAGCUGUGUUUCAAAUUUAACAGGAUCUGUUACAGUUUGAUUGUACAAUGAUUUCCAACUGCGUUUAUGCAGACCUAAAUAUAUAUAGUAAUAUAUGUCUUUAUACGUCGCGUAAGAAAAUCUUAGCAGAGGAAGCAAUAUAGCUACUAAAAAACGUGUAUCACAUUACUAAAUUUAUCCCACGUUCUAUUCAUGCCUAUUAAUAAAAAAUAGGGUCUUUACAUAAUGUAAAUUGAAUAUUAUAUGCAGCUCUAAAAUUUUUAUUUCGGUUGCAUCAACAAUUUGAGCUUAAUUUUUAACUCUGCUGGAGAAUAAUUUUCUUCCAUAUAUUACAAUUUUUUAAAAUUUACUUUUUUUUACAUGCCCCUCUAUAAAGCUUUUACUAAGAUAAAUAGGCAUACGGCGAAAAUUCAAUUAUUUAAUGCUAAUUGAAAUUAGUGGCCCACAUAGAUUUCAGGGACGCGAAAAUUUUAGGUUCAAAAUUUAGUUCUCAGUGAAGUUUUGAAAUGACUCAGGGCUAAAUGUUUCACAGUAUACUUUUUAUAAUGAAGAGAUAAACUGCAAUAGCAUUAACGAAGUUAUUACGAAAAAAAUUAUUAUACAUUAGAAAAGCAAGGAUUGAAGCAACUGCAAUUGAAAUUUCUCGAAUAAAGAAAAUGUAAUGAAUUACAAAUCAACU